GCGCCAUCAUCAUCAUGGCAGACUUUGACCAUGACCAGCAGGAGCCUGCAGGACUAGAUGGCUUGCCAGCCAUGUACAGUAUCGUGAAGGGAGAGGUGGCUUCUGUACAGACCUACGGAGCCUUCAUCAAGAUUCCUGGCUACAGGAAGCAGGGUAGGCUUAAGGCAUCAGCAUGCUUCAGUUCGGCUGGCGCCUUGAACGAGUGUGCUUGCAUACUCCCUUAAAAGACCUUAGCUUGGAAAACGAGAAAAAAGCAGCAAUAGUACUGUUUGUCCAUUUUGAGACGCUGUAGCCAGUAUACUUCCUCAAAAUAGUCAGAAUUAAUCUAAUAUAACUCAAGAAAUCUUUAAUUAAUUUGGAGAUCUUAGUCUCGCAAUUUUACAUCUAAUUAAGAUGUUUGGUGCAUUAUUUCUCAAAGAAAAAAUGUGCAUGAAAACGAGUUGUCUCUUGUUGAAUGACAACAAAGACUUUAUUGAAGAAUCCCUACUGUUGCCCAAUCACUGACGAAGUGGCGUAGACUUUGGCUCCCGAACUUCGGCUGGCCUCGAGAGAGAAAAUGUGUGUGCCAAACAGCAUGAUAUAUGCACGAACUCUUCCGAAAUGUUUCGGCUGGGUAGCAUGCGGACACCUUUGGGCAUCUUUCACUUUACAAUGUCUUUGACUUUGUGAUCUCUUUGUGUUGCUUUGUGAUGUCUUUCUGUUUUAUAAUAUCUUUGUCUGUUUUGAGUAUUACGGUUUCUGCUGAGGCACUACUCUUACUCUUUCUCCUAAUUUUUUUCUACCUCUUCCCCUUCUCUCUAUCUCUCCCACUUUCUCUCUUCUCGCUGUCUCUCAGGGUUGGUCCAUAUCAGUGAGUUGUCAGCCUGUAGGGUUGAGAAUGUUGCAGAAGUCGUCGAUGUGGGAGAGCAGGUGUGGAUCAAGGUCAUCGGGAGAGAGGUAACACGCUGACACAUACACACAAACAAACUCCAUCUCUCCCUAAUGAACAAAUUAUUUUGAACAUGUCCUUACCUCUCCCUCCCUCCAUCUUUCUAAGAUGCGUGAUGACAAGGUUAAGCUCUCCUUCUCAAUGAAAGCUGUCAAUCAAGGAACAGGGAAAGACCUGGACCCCAACAAUGUCAUAGCAGAGUAUGUAUUUGUCUGGGUGCACUGAUACGAUGAUUGGCUAUUGCUGUUGUUUUCAAUUUUGUGUGUGUGUGUCUGCGCGCGCAUGUGUGUGCAGGCAGGAUGAGCGGAGGCGUAGACAGUUCAAAGAUGGUACAGGACGGAGGAUCACAUUGGAGGCUGUACUCAACACCACCUGUAAGAAGUGUGGCUGCAAAGGUACGACAUUACUGCAACAUAAACACCAGGGAUGGGGGGGUUAGAAAUAUUUUCGCUAUUCGAAUAGUAUCAUGAAUUUCUCGGAUAUUGAAAACUUGAGCGCUCUAUUGCUGCAGCUGUGAGCAGACGGAGGAAUAGGGAGAGACUCAAAGGCAACUCGGCUACAGCCAUGACUAGCUAACAUGUAGCAGCCACAAUGUUAUUUAUCAUCCCAUAUAACAGUGCCUGUCUUGACUGGAGUAGCCUAGAGAAGCUAGCUAGCUACGCUAAUUGAGGCCACAUGCUGCGCUUUCUCCCCAACCCCAUUCAGAUAAAACAGCCUACCUGUUGGUUGCUCAUUGUAGCCUACUCCUUCUCAUUUCGCUAACUUUUAAUUCCGUAAUUUUAUUCCAUCUUGCAUUGCAUUAGUGAAUUCUCACUCCACUUGCUACACAUUGAGCCGCUUUGAUUGGCCAACAUAAACAACAAGCUACACAGGUGAAGGCUGCCGGUCUGUUUAUGGGGCGUACAGUGCACAUCAUAACAACCACAUUGAAAAGUUUGUUUUAUUAAAUUAAUAAUUUGAAAUGUCCUUGUAUGUAACAAUGUCACACAGGUAUUUUAUCACAAAAAUGAAUAGUAUUCGAGUAGUAAUGUCUGUUUGGAUAUUCAAAUAACCGUUCAUAUUCCUAAUGAACACAUUCUUUCAAGACAAACGAAUUCAACUAAUCCUGAAGACCUUCAAUCAAUCCUUGAAUUAUGUGUGUUUGGAACUGGACUGGAAUAAAAGCCUCUACACACUGGCCGCUGUUGCUUACCUCCACCCUAAUGUAGCGUAUUAUGUUUCUCUCUAGCUCUCUCAUCUCGCUCUCACUCUCUCUCUCAGGUCUCUUUGCUAAGGACUGUUUAUCGCUCUCAGGUCUAUUUGCUAAGGACUGUUUAUCGCUCUCAGGUCUAUUUGCUAAGGACUGUUUAUCGCUCUCAGGUCUCUUUGCUAAGGACUGUUUAUCGCUCUCAGGUCUAUUUGCUAAGGACUGUUUAUCGCUCUCAGGUCUAUUUGCUAAGGACUGUUUAUCGCUCUCAGGUCUCUUUGCUAAGGACUGUUUAUCGCUCUCAGGUCUCUUUGCUAAGGACUGUUUAUCGCUCUCAGGUCUAUUUGCUAAGGACUGUUUCUAGCUCUCUCUCAGGUCACUUUGCUAAAGACUGUUUCUCUCUCUCUCUCUCUCAGGGCACUUUGCUAAGGACUGUUUCUCGGCCCCAGGGCUGCAGUAUGAUCUGAUACCUGAGGAGGGCGAUGAUGAGCCACAGCAGCUACAGAAAGAGCCUAUCAACCCCAACCUCAUCCCACUAGCAGUCCGCAAAACCCAACCUCCACAGGACUCACACAAGAAGAAGAAGAAGGAGAAAAAAGAGAAGAAGGUAAGGACCACAGAGUGAAAUAGAACACAAGGUUUUAUAUUCUCCAUGGUAAGGAUUGAUUGACGCCAGUGGUACGUGUCAAUAGUCUACAGGGUGUCUCUCUCUCAAUUCAAAGGGCUUUAUUGGCAUGGGAAACAUAUGUUUACAUUGCCAAAGCAAGUGAAAUAGAUAAUAAACACAAGUGAAAUAAACAAUCAAAUAUGAACAGUAAACAUUACACUCACAAGUUUCAAAGGAAAAUAUACAUUUCAAAUGUCAUAUUAUGGCUAUAUACAGCGUUACAUGCAAAUAGUAAUAUUACAUUUUAGUCAUUUAGCAGACGCUCUUAUCCAGAGCGACUUACAGUUAGUGAAUACAUUUUUUAUUUAAUUUUGUCAUACUGGUCCCCCGUGGGAAUCGAACCCACAACCCUGGCGUUGCAAUCGCCAUGCUCUAUCAACUGAGCUACAUCCCUGCCGGCCAUUCCCUCCCCUACCCUGGACAACGCUAGGCCAAUUGUGCGCUGCCCAUGAGUCUCCCGGUCGCGGCCGGCUGGAUCUCUAGUGGCACAGCUAGCACUGCGAUGCAGUGCCUUAGACCACUGCGCCACUCAGGAACCCAUAAUUAUGGGUUGUAUUUACAAUGGUGUUUGUUCUUCACUGGUUGCCCUUUUCUUGUGGCAACAGGUCACAAAUCUUGCUGCUGUGAUUGCACAGCAAUAUUUCACACAUUAGAUAUGGGAGUUUAUUGGAUUUGUUUUGGUUUCCUUUGUGGGUCUGUGUAAUCUAAGGGAAAUAUGUCUCUCUAGUAUGGUCAUACAUACAUACAUACAUACAUACAUACAUACAUACAUACAUACAUACAUACAUACAUACAUACAUACAUACGUACGUACAGGAAGUGCAGCUCAGUUGCCACCUCAGGUAGCUUAGUGGUUAAGAGCGUUGUGCCAGUAACCGAAAGGUCGCUGGUUCUAAUCCCCGAGCCGACUAGGUGAAAAAUCUGUCGAUGUGCCCUUGAGCAAGGCACUUAACCCUAAUUGCUCAUGUAAGUUGCUCUGGAUAAGAGCAUCUGCUAAAUGACUAAAAUGUAAAUGUAAAUUUUGUGGGCAGUGUGCACAUAUCCUGUUUUCUCUUGAGAGCCAGGUCUGCCUACGGCGGUCUGUCUCUCGUGUGAGGUAUUUAUCACUCCUGUAAAAUGUAACACUUGGGGUAACACCCCUUGGUGACCAUGAUUGUCUCUCUGUCCUGAGAGAAGUUACAUCAGUGACACAUUGCAGAAUAACCAACAUAUCUUCCAACAUUUUAAAUAGAUGAUUAAUGUAGUGAUACUGAUAUACAAUUCUAGCAGUGUGAUUCUUUCUUGUCUUUAAUUGUUUCUCUCUCCUCCCCUUUCCUCAGGAGAAGAAGGGGGAGAAGAAGAAGAAAAAGAAGAGGAAGAGAGAGAGGAAGGAGUCAGAUAGUGACAGCAGCAGCAGUGGACCC